AUGAAUUAAUUACUACGAGAAGAAGAGGUCCUCUAGUAGUAAAAGGAAGAGAAUUUGAACAAGUAAGCAGAACAAGUCGAGCCAGAGAAUGAGAUACAAUAGGAUCAACAGGAACAAGAUGAUGGCGAGGUGAAUGAAGGUGAAUAACAGAGAAUAGAUUUUCAAGAUCCUCCCUAGUAAUAGACAGAGGAUCAGCCAGAGAAUAGAUAAUAGAUUGUAAAACCGAAUUCGAAAAGGUUUGAUUCUCAAGAAGAGGUGAAGACCACUACUCAGAGAAAGGAGAUGAAUAAAAGAAUGGAAACUGAAAAGUAAUAUGGAUAAAAAACAUCGUCAGAAAGGACAUUUAAAACUUUAGAAUAAAUAUAUAGCAAACGAAAUACUCAAUCGUUGUUGCAUUUCAGAACAUCAGAAUAAUUCGAUACAAAAAUAGUACAUGAUUAAAUUAAUCGAUCUCAUUCAAAACAACAAUAUACAUUUUCGAAAGCUGAAAGAUUCUCGAAAGCUAAGGAAAGCUACUGCUCUAUUUAAUUUUAUGACUCAUAAAUCUAAACGCAAUUGAAUAAAAGGGCAGCUGCUCUCGGAUAUGGAAAUAAAUCUGAUUUCACUAAGAAAGACAAAUAUAUUCCAGGACCUACUGAUUACAAUGUCAAAUUGGCUCUUAAUCCAGGGAUUAAAUUUGGAUAUGGGAGAGAUGAAACCAUGAUCAAAGGAAUACAUGGACGUCCAAAUAGAAAUCCCGCUCCUAAUCUAUAUUAAGUAAAAGAUAUAGUAACAACCUUCAAAUAUUCAAUGGGUGAAAGAACCUCAGCAAAACAUAUCUAUCUCUAAUCUACAACUCCAGCUCCUGGUCGAUACGAUGUGGGAGGUCUCACGGCAAAAGGAAAUUACUUUUUUGGAAGAUUCAAAAGCAGUGGAGCUCCUGUAAUUUCUCCCUCGACCACUAUCGCUAAAAGACUCAAGAGAAUUCCAGGUCCUGGCACUUAUGAUCCUCCUGGAAAUAUUGGAGAUCUCAGAACCUAUUUACCAUCAUAGUAUUCAACAAGAAGUGGUUUCAGAUUCGGAUUUUAGGAUAGACAAACCUAAGAUAUCAAGAAUAAAUAAUUUCCUGGGCCUGGUACUUAUUAAUUACCAUCAGAAUUUGGUGACUAUGAAUACCCACCUCUUAUAUGA